UCUGAAUAAGGGAAUCACUUUGUUUUUAUAUAAAUCCGCGGGAUGGAGCAGUGCGAGCCAGUUGUGAAGAAAAACAAACCGAAUCAACCUAAGCCCCGACCAAAACCAGUAUAUGAGGUCAACGGGAAUAGCCUUGAGAAUGGCAGUAUAAAGAAACCAACACCUGUGGUUCCUCCCAGACCUUCGGAUGCAGAGUUGAACAAUGUGGCCAUAUACAGUCACAUCAGGAAGCCAGCAACAAAUGACAACCAGGUCAAUGAGAUGCUCAUUCAGAGAGGACAUAAAGGCAGGUCACCCAAGACAGCUGCAGUUCCUCCUAAACCCACUGAAAAGGAACUGAAUAAUACGUUCCCCAAAAGCAACUGGAAGAGGAUGCAGACUGAGGACACAAAGGCAGACUGCAGAGAAAAUGACAAAUCUGAGGACUCAAAAGACAGAGUUGGGACCGAAUACAAGCAGAACAAAGUAGGGGCUCUUAUUGGAAUGUUUCAGAAGGCACCAACAGAUCAAGUUUCUACAUUUUCAAGUGUCAACAUGUCAGAGCCCGAUACAGAGAGGCCUUGGGAAACCCCUGCAAACGAGACACCUGAGACCAAACAGGAGCAGUCUUUACACAGUGAGCUUGAUGUCUGCUCUGAGAACAACAACACUAAGGGGAAAGGAGGAUUAUUCCAUGGAAUGUUCCGGAAGACUCCCAAACCUACUGAGGGCACAAAGGACAAGCAUUCAUUACACAGUGAGCUCUCGGACAGCAAUGACAGUCUCUCUGACAACCGCAACACUAAGGAGGAAGGAGGGCUGUUUUCUGGCCUCGUCAAAAAGAUCCCCAAAGCAGCUGGAGAUGGACCGCUUGCCAAGGAGAAGCUGUUAUCACCCAGUGAUCUCUCAGCCAGCAGCGACAGUCUGUCUGAGAACAACACUAAGGAGAAAGGAGGGAUAUUUAGUGGAAUGUUUCGGAAGUCUCCAAAACCUUUUGAGGACACUGAGCCAGAAGAGGACGACCAGACGGCACAGAGUGAACUUUCGGCAAGCAGUGACAGCCUGUCUGACAACACCACCACCAAGGGGAAGGGAGGAAUGUUUGCUGGAAUGUUCAGGAAGUCUCCCAAGAACUCUGAGAGCCUGCAGCCAGAGGAGAACACACAGUCAUUACCCAGUGACCUCUCAGACAGCAAUGACAUUCAGAUUGAGACAGGUAACACUAAGGAGAAAGGAGGGCUGUUUUCUGGCCUCCUUAAAAAGAUCCCCAAAGCAGGUGGAGACAGACCACCUUCCCAGGACAAGGAACCAGGAAGUAAGCUGUCUGCCAGCAACGACAGUCUGACUGAGACAACCAACACUAAGGAGAAAGGAGGGCUGUUCAGUGGACUCCUCAAGAAACCCAAAGUGCCAGAGAAUGACACCCCUGCCCAGGACCAGGAACCAGGAAGUGAGCUGUCUGCCAGCAAUGACAGUCUGGCUGAGAAAAGUGACAGGAAGGAGAAGCGCGGCCUGUUCAGUGACAUGUUUAAGAAGUCUACACCGCAUGCUGAAUGUCCUCAACCAUCUGAAGAGGAGAAGCAGUCCUCACCACUCAGCGAUCUCUCAGCCAGCAGUGACAGUCUGUCAGAGAACAACAACACUAAGGAUAAAAAAGGGCUGUUCAGUGGACUCCUUAGGAAACCCAAAGUGCCAGAGGAGGACACACCUGCCCAGGACAAUAUGUCUGCUUACAGGAAACUCUCGGCCAGCAGUGACAGUCUGUCUGACAACAACAAUACUAAGGAGAAAAACAUCUUCGGUGGAAUGUUCACAAAGGCUCAGAAGACAUCAGAAGGCUCCAAGUCAGAAGAGGCCUCAAAUCUGGGGCUAGACAACAAUCUAUCAGCCAGUUAUGACAACCUCUCAGAGAACACAGACACUAAGAAAACUGGGGGUCUGAGCGGAAUGUUCAAGAAAUCACCCAAGCCAGCUCAACGUUCCACUACUGCUAAGGACCCUCUCACAGAGAACAUGGAGCUCUCAGCUAGCUGUGACAGCCUGGCAGAGAACAUCUCUGCUGAGGACAGUCUUUCUGGGUGUGGGGAACUUUCAGCUAGUAACGAUAGUCUUUCUAAUGCCACCGCCACCAAGGAGAAAAAACUGCUGGGGGGAAUUUUCAGCAGGAAACCUAAACCAGUUGAGCAACAGGACAGUAUGGACACAGAGCCACUAGGGGGAGGUGGUCAGCUCAGACGAAAGAGGACCAUCAAAAAGAAAAGAUGGGUGGUGUCAUUCAGAGUGAAGAGGACUUUACCCAGAGUUCCAAAGUUUACCCUGGCUGCUCAGCGUGAUGAUUGUGUUCCUAUCAUUGAGGAGUCAGUGGAGAUGAAAGACCUGUCCGCACUGCAGGUGAGCACAGUAGAGUUCCAACCUGCCGAGAUGUCAGCCUACCCUACUGAGGGCAACCCUCUGGAGUCUGAGGAGGAGAAUGAUGGCCUUAUGGACUGGUGGAGAACAGUGGAGGGUUGGGAGACAUGGAAUGAAACUUCCGACUUCAAAGAAGAAGAUGAGGAAAUGGCUGUGGAGCAGGUCGCCGACCGUGUCUUCAUGGGGGCUCGUCUCUUUGUGCAUCUCUUCAACCAGCGUGGUGCCUCCCUGCAGCAGCAGAUUUUGGGGCUGCUCGCACAGGCGGACGCUGCGGACCAAUUCCACAAGAAGACGGUGCAGGCCGCCGUGGGAGGGGGUGUGGCCAGUGUGGUGGGCAGCAUUGCCACCAUCACGGGCCUCAUCCUCGCCCCUAUCACCUUCGGAGCCUCCAUUAUUGUCACCGCGGUUGGCAUCAGCGUGGCGACCGCGGGAAGUAUCGCCUCGGCCACGGCUAAUAUCACAGACACAGUGCAUUCCAACAUGGACCGCAAGAAGGUGGAGAAGAUGAUCCAGAGUUACCAGGAUGACAUCAAGGACAUUAGGGAGUGCCUGGAGUUUGUGCAGGAGGGAAUGGACACCCUCCAGGAGUGGGACUUUGAGAAGUACACUGAGAGUGUGGCCAAGAAGGCUCUGAAUCAGAACGUCAAGCAUGUGAUGAAAGAGGGCGGACGUGCUGGCAAGCAGCUCUUGAUCAACACAGACAAGCUGAUCAGCACCGUGCAGGUCCUGGGCGCAGCCGGGGGGGCUGCCCAGGCGGCUAAAGCCAUCAGCGCCACCACAGGCGUCAUGUCUGCCCUCUUCCUGGUGCUUGACGUCUUCUUCCUGGCCAAGGACUCCCACGAGUUGCGCAAGGGAGCCAAGACAAAGUUCGCCUCCAAGAUCAGGGAGGUGUGUAAGGACCUGCAGGACCGGUUGCUGGAGCUGAACAAGGUGAAGACCCAGCUGCAGAAGACCAUAGACGGUAUUGAGCUGGAGGAAAUCGAGGAGGAGGAGGAGGUAGAGGUGGAGGUGGAGGAUGACCUGGAGAGUGACCCGGUGAAACUGGCUGAACUGGAUCAGGAAUUGGACCUAAUGGAGGAGAAACUGGACAAGAAAGUUCAAGAGGAAAAUAAUGAAAAGAGCAAAAAAGAGGAACAAGAAGAGAAGAACCAAAAGGAAGAAGAAGAGAAGAACAAAAAGAAGGAAGAAGAGAAGAACAAAAAGAAGGAAGAAGAGAAGAACCAAAAGGAGGAAGAAAAGAGAAGUGAGGGAAAGGUGAAGGAAAGCAAGAAAGAAAGAGACAAGGAGAAGGUAGUUGAUCAAAAUGAAACCAUAGAGUCAGAGAAGUCACAUGAGAUUGAGAAAGAGGAGGAUAAGAAAGGGUCCCGGAUACAGAAUAAAGUAAGUGCGAAAGAUGACAAAAGUUCAUCCGCUGAGGCUAGAAAGGAAGGUUCUGAGAGAAGUGGGAAUAAUGAUCAACAUGUAGGGUACAACACAAAGAUGGAAAGCAAGAAAGAACAUGAUAAACACAGUCUCGGGAAGGCUGUCGUGGUCGAAGAAAAAAGGAAUGAGAAGGAAAAAGAAAUUGACAGAAAGCCAGUAGAUGCAAGAAUAGGGAUUUUGGAUCAGAAAGGAGAUGCUGAAAAGGGAUGUAAUGUGACAGUCUCAGACAAACGAGGAGUUAAGAAGAGUAAAAAGAAAGAGGUGGUGAGAGGUGAGGCACGCAGACAUGGGAGUAGAAGUGAAAACCCUGACAUUGGAACAUCUGAUGGAAAAAUUGACAGAAGAGACAUCACGAAAUUGAGCCAAAAGGACACAUCUGUGACUGAGAGAGAAAUUCUGCCAAAACGUCAAUUGGAAGAAAGAGGGGUUAGGGACAGGAGAGGCGAGAUGAAUAGAACGACCAAUGAGGAGUACAGGAAGCAAUCAAAAAGAGAACCAGAGAGAGGGAUUCAAACUGAAGAGUUUGUAGUGAGCAGAAAGGGUGUGACUGAGACCAGUACAGUCAGAGGGACACGGAAAGAGGAGGACACACAGAGAGAAAGUGUGAAAGGACGGCUGGGGAGCCAGGGGGAGAAAAGAGAGGGAGAUCACGGGAGAAAGAUUGAGAGUGUGAGGGGAUUUCAGAGUGGUGGACAGAGCGGGGUGAGAAAUGAAGAUGGAGACAAGUGGAUGAAGGAGAGGGACAGGAGAGCCAGUGAAAGAGAACGGGAUCUUGCUCGCAAAGGCUCUCGCCCUCGCUCCAAACCUAUCCUCAAUGACGGACUGGAUAUUUAAAUCGGACAUUAUCACCUACGCCAUGUUGACAUUUCAUUGGAAGUGCAAUUUUAGCCUACAAUUUUCAUGUAUUCAUAGAAGGGAUCUGUGCCAUUUAACUCAGAUUUUUUGUAAUAUUUAGUUUUGAUGGGUGUUUUCUGAUAUUGCAUAGUUAGAAGUCUAGAUAUGUCUAUAAACAGGUCUUUUAUCUGGUGUCUACUUGAUGGUGAAAAUGCAUUCCAUGUAAUGCACAAUGUUUUUAGCAAUGGCGUCCCAAGGCCAGGCAUUGGCCUACUGGCUUUGGGAAGACUUGACAAUUAAUAUAUAAUGUACCCUAUCUUUGUACACAAGUAGCCUAAUAAGAUGUAUUUGUAUCAAUAAAAUCACAUGGCUCUGCUCAAUGUCGGACCGGACCAUGUGUUAGACGAA